AUGAUGCGCCAAGAAUCGUUGCUAAGCAACCACGAUCGACAGCCUCGUAUCGAGGCCAACGCAAACAACAUUAAGCAAGAUUCCAUUGACUGCGGCGUGACGGCAUGCAGCUGUUGUAAUGGGCCCGGUUGUAUACGGUUGGGUACUGCCACCUCGUUCGUAAUAUGCCUGUCGUUGGUGGCUUUCGUCAGUGGUGGCAUCGAGAGCUACUUCCGGCUGGCGGCACACCAGGCCGCUAGCGAGUUAAGCUUCGAUCCGAUCGUUCUGGACUGGCUGCUGGUAACGGCUGGUGUGGCGCAGGGAGCAUUUGCAUUAUUAGUGAGCUAUUGGGGUAAUCGGUUACAUCGGAUAUCAUGGCUGGGAGGCAUAUUUAUGCUGCAAGCAAUCAGUCUGAUCGUGCUUAUCAUACCGACGCUGACACACAAUUCGGAAGAAAGUAACACCAUCGAAUCAAUGAACCUGGACAAGACGUGCACGCUCGAGCAAUCAUCGAAGCUGGUUAUGGAUCGACCGUACGCCAUCACAACACUGGUGUUGAUGUUUAUCGCACAGGUAUUGAUUGGUCUCGCGAACGUUGCCAUCUACGCUCUGGGCAUCAGUUAUGUUGACGAUAACGUGCGAACACACCACAGCCCCGGAUUGAUCGGGUGCGUCAUAGCGGCUCGCAUUUGGGGUGCUCAGCUCGGACUUGCGAUUGGGCUGGCGGUCGGUGCUACCACACUCGGCUGGUGGUUGGGAUGGGCCAUUAUCGGACCACUGACGUUUGUGUUGGGUUUCAUCAUCUCCUUGUUCCCGAAACGACUGCUCGCCACGAUGGUACGUCAAGCGGCGAACGAUAUCGUUGAAACGGCCACCAACAACAGCAUGCAAUCGAUCGCCACGGCCGACAAGUGGCUGGCCGACAUUUCGCUCUGGUCGACGGUUAGGCGGGUGUUCUCGAACAAGGUACUCAUCUGCAAUGUGCUGGCGCUGGUGUUCAUUCAGACCGGCAUGGUGAACUUCCACUCGCACGAACAAUCCUAUCUGCAGUCGCGAUUCUUUCUGCCGACGUCGCAAGCCGACGGUAUCAACGAUGAGUGGGCCUCCCGGUUAAUUACCAACCUGAUUCGACCGUUCGCGGCUGCCAUGGGUGUGAUUGUGGCGGCACUGGUCAUUGCAAGCGCGAACCCAUCGGCGAGGAAAUUGGCCGGAUGGAACAUUUUCGUUGGAAUAUUAGCCACAGGACUAUUCAUCGCUUAUAUUUUCAUCUCGUGUGGCGAGGAACAAAUAGCUGGUGCUUAUCGUGGCCGAAAGCUGAUCAAACCUUUCUGCGCGUCGAAUUGCGUUUGUGCGGAAAACGUGCCGUUCACACCCGUCUGUCCCAUAGACAGUCGCUUUACGUACUUUUCACCGUGUCACGCCGGUUGUCAGGAUCGGGAAGAGAUUAACAGUAUCGUCAUCUAUCGGAACUGUUCGUGCGGUGUGGAUGUUGACAUUGUACUGGAUAAUGGUGGCGAUGCGACUGAGGGUGCCUGCGGGAUUGACGACUGUCAACCGUACUGGAUCGUGUUUCAGGUGUUGACGGUAAUUGUGGCGAUGCUUCUAGCUUCGGGUUUGACGGGUAAGGUGAUCAUCAGCUUGCGCUCGGUGCUGACGCAAGACAAGUCGAUGGCUUUAGCGGUGGAGCUGACAUUAGUGGGGUUGGUGGUUUAUCUGCCUGGGACAGCCAUCUAUCAGGUGGUAGCAACGCACACUUGCCAGUUUUGGUCUUCAAACGAGCGACAAUGCUUUCUACACGAGACGCCGACCUUUGGAAACAUUCUGAACAUGAUUACGGCUGCGCUCAUCAUUAUUGGCUUAAUUUUUGAGAUGGUAGUGUUUUACUUUGUUAAGGAUAUGUCACUGUACGGAGAAAAUGACGAGACUUUUCUACGCGAUCCGAUCGAGAUGCGAUUCAUAUCGCCAGCGAGGACACAAACCAUGACGGAAAUGAUGCCACUAAAUAACGCCGAAGACACCACCCGACACACGGCCGACCGAUCUACGACUUCGGAGACGCUCGUACAAUCCGCUACACUGAUUGCCGAUGAGGACGUUCCCUCGGUCCAAACGAUUCAAAAUACCCAACCUUCUUAUCCAACGGUUCGGUCCAUCUCACCACUUGCUGCAAGUUCCGCAACGUACGCCCAGGUGGUGCGACAACUGCCAAAGCGGGAGAACUCGAGCGAAAUCGACGAACAGCUAGACUUCCGGUCAGCGACCAGUUUACCUCGUGGUCAAACGGACAGUGAUGAUGAAAGCGAUUAUCGCUCCAGUAUGGUGGGCCCUAUGAAGCAACAGCAGCCUGUAUCAAACUCGAGAGCUGACUCUGCGCUGCGACGGGAUUAUACACGAAACGGGCUGUUCUCUCCUCGGGCUAUAUCACCGGAAAGUCCAGAUUCGGGAAGAGAUGCGCUUGCAGUACGGUCACGAAAUGUUCCCGGUCGGCCGAUGAGUCCGGAAACGGAUUUUUAA